AAUGGAAGCUUCGUUCGUUUAAGUUGUGUUUGUCGUUGCGUCUUUGGAUUUUCUGCAAAUAAAAUAAAAGCAAGAAGAACGAAGUUCUUGUUUUAAGUUUUAAACAGUUCGCAUGUAACAUACAUUUCUUUAAUAAUUGUUCAAUAAUUGUUUAAUAAUUGUGUUUAAAUGUGAAAUAAUUACGUUUCCGAUAAAGAAGAAGAACAUAUUGAAGUGGAGUUUAAACUCCGCUGGCGGUUUCUAACACUUUGUGAGAGACGCCGCGGAGGUGUUAACCGAAAUGUCGCACCACAAUAAUAACAACAGGCAUGCACAGUGGCACACACAUGUUGUAAACGCAAAUCAAAGCACCGCAAAUUUGUUUACUGGUGGACAUAUGGUUGGAAAUAUGGUCGAGCCUAGUGGCUAUGUAGGCGGUGGUAAUUUCGGCAACAACAGCGCCGUUCCAACCUAUGACAACAGCAGUGGUGUUGGUUACGGACAACAACCCAUUGGAAAUUACCACCUGCAAAUGCAACAUGGUUACAAUAACUACAAUAAUGGCUAUAACUAUGUUAUGCCACAGGCACCUCCGAAUCCAGUAACCCAAACCAAUGUAACUUCAACUCAAAAUUACUAUCCAAAUUAUACACAUCAAUUGAACCAGGCUAUUAAUCCACCUACUAUUCCAACUGUUCCACAUCAUACUACGUCUAUUUUGAAUAACAUACAAACACAUUCAAUGCCAGCCAGUGAUUUGAAUAUGCAAAACGCCGAAGAUAUCGUUCCUACAGUUGCUGAGUUGUAUAAACAACAUCCCAUAAUUCCAGCCAUGCCAAACACAACAAUUCAAGCAACUACUACAUUAUUAAAUCCAGCAACAGCUGCUUUGUCAUCAAAUAUUGCAGCUGCGGUAACACCAGCAGCAACUGUACCAGCUUCAGUUGCUCCAGUAACGAAUUAUAUGCAACCAACUGUAAAUUCAAUGGAUUCAGCUGUACAAUUUAUACAAACAAUACCAACUACAAAUGCCACAGCAACAAAUUUAUUAGCAUCAGCAACAAAUUUGAUUGCACCAUCUAUAUCUACAAAUGCAUCAGCAUCAAGCUUAAUCCAAUCUGCCAUAGUACCGACUUUAGCAUCGGGUUUAACUCCAGAAUCAACAUCAACAUUAAUAAUAGAACCAGCACCAGUAUCAGCUGAUACUUCAAUGAAUCCAUUAACUGGUUCAAUAGUUCCUUCAACUACUUCCAUGGUAGCCACAACAAUUAAAGAAGUACCAUCACCAGCACCUUCAACAGCUAUAAUAGCACCAGCACUAGCACCAGCAACAACUGUAAUAGUACCAGCCACAACUAUAAUUGCACCAGCAACAACUUCAGAAUUAUUUGCACAAGCCGAUAUGAAUCUACCUGUGACAACUACAACAGUUUCAGUUGGCACAGAUGUUACUACGGCAAAUUCAGCACAUGCUAUAACCUCAACUGAAUCUUAUAAUGCUGCAGCUUCUACAAUUGCAAAUACUGCAACUACAACCAUAUUUGCAACUGAAAUUCCAGCCAUUUCAACAAUUGCAGCUGCAACAGAAACCAAACCAAUAAUAACUUCGUCUUCACUGAUUGGAGCAAGUACAAGUUCGUCACAUAUUUUCACUGGACCUGGGUCAUCCAAUAAAAAGACUAUUAAUUUUCCUCGUCGUAAAUUACAAACGGAGAAGUCCGAUACACUUCCGAUUUGUCAACGCUGCAAAGCUAUAUUCUUCAAGAAACAAAUUUUUGUAAAACAUAUUGCACAGAGUUCCUGCAAAAUGUUAGAAUUUGAUAUCAAAUGUGGUAUAUGCCCAAUGUCGUUUAUGUCCAACGAAGAACUUCAGAACCAUGAGAAGUUGCAUAAAACAAAUAAAUUUUUCUGCCAAAAAUAUUGUGGCAAAUAUUUUGAUGAAAUUGAAGCAUGUGAAAAUCAUGAAUAUACCCAACAUGAAUAUAUGACAUUCGUCUGUAAUGUUUGUUCUGCAACUUAUGGAGUACGUGAACAUUUUCUCGCUCAUUUAGCACAACAUAAGAAUCAAAAACGUUUCGAUUGUCCUGUCUGCAGAUUAUCAUUCAGUUUACCCCAAGAAUUAUAUGAACAUCGGCUCGGUGAGCCUUUCUUCUGUGGUAAAUAUUAUGAUGGUAGCAGUUGCUUUGAUAUAAAGAAAUCCAAUGAUCCUAUGCCAAAUUAUAGUCCAGAUACCUAUAAUUUAAAUACAUUAGAAGAACCAUCUACUUCCAGUCAAGUCUUACUAAAUAAUUCCAUGAAAAAACCAAAUUUUAAUCAAGAGCAUAAAAUUAUUUCUACCGGUUCAGGUAUUGUUGAUAAUAUUUUGGAAUCCUUUCAUAUGCAAACAUCGCAAACUAUUAAAAUGGAAAUUGAUCCUGAUAAUGAUUAUUUCAAUACACAUAAUAUACCCUUUAAUACAGAACAAUCCAUGUCGUCAUACACAAACAAGUUCAGCGUUGAAGCACUCAAUGUGUAUUCUUCUCAUCAAAACUCUGAAGCUAUUGGUGAGAAUGAGAAUUCAUUUUGUUGUGUGCCUAAAUGUGGUGUAAGCAAAAGCACCAGUCCUUCAUUGCAAUUUUUUCCGUUCCCAAAAACUGAAAAAUAUUUGUUGCAAUGGUUUCACAAUUUAAGAAUGGAUUUUAAAUCCCAAGUGAAAUGUCGUACAUACCGUAUUUGCAGUUUGCAUUUUCCAAAACGUUGCAUUAAUCGGUAUUCGCUAUGUUAUUGGGCGGUACCCACAUUUAAUCUGGGGCAUGAUAAUGUUGCUAAUCUCUAUCAAAACCGUGAGGUUACCAAAAUCUAUACUAGUGGUCCGAAUGCGCAAUGUAGCAUGCCUGAAUGUGAAAACACUCGUGGUGUGUGUAAUCUAAAAUUUUAUAAUUUUCCUACGCAUACGAACAUUUUGAUUAAAUGGUGUCAAAAUGCUCGUUUACCCGUUAACGCAAGGGAGCCUAGGCACUUUUGUGGUAAACAUUUUGAAGAUCAUUGUUUUGGUAAGUUUCGUUUAAAACCUUGGGCAGUUCCAACGCUGCACUUGGGAAAUCAAUUUGGCAGAAUACAUGAUAAUCCGGUUGUAACUAAUGUUGAAGAGAAAAAAUGUUGUUUACCACACUGUAAACGUACGCGUUCAUCUAAUUUGUCGCUUUAUCGAUUUCCAAGAGAUCAUGGCAUGUUAGAACGUUGGUGCUAUAACCUAGGGUUAGAUGCAGAAGCAUAUCGUGGAAAAAACCAAAAAAUUUGUAGCAUGCAUUUCGUAAAAGAAGCAUUGGGCUUGCGUAAACUUACUUCAGGUGCUGUACCAACAGAAAAUCUUGGACACAAUGAUAAAAAGGAAUUAUACAAAUGUGAAACAUAUAUUCCACCUGCACCACCACCACCACCGGCUGCACCAAUAGUUAAACCGCUCCCAGAAGCAGCCAUAGCACCACAUCCAUAUCAGUUUAUAAAUGAAAAUUCGCAACCAUCGCCACCCAACGAUGAAACAUGUCCAACAUCGUCAUCGUCGCUAUAUGACGUAGCCGAUAUUUGUUUAGUACACAGUUGCAAAAACACUCGUAAAACAAAGAGUAUUACUUUACAUACAAUACCGCGUCGUUUAGAACAACGUAGAAAAUGGCUACAUAACUUAAGACUUUCAUCAAAACAAAUACACAAGGGAAUGCGUAUCUGCAGUGUACAUUUUGAACCUUAUUGUAUUGGCGGUUGCAUGCGACCUUUUGCAGUACCAACUUUAAAAUUGGGUCAUAAUGACACGAACAUAUAUAGAAAUCCAAAAGUAAUAAAGAAACUAAACAUACGCGAAACAUGUUGUGUAGAAACCUGCAAACGUAACCGCGAUCGUGAUCAUGCUAAUUUACACCGUUUCCCGUGGAAUUUGCCACAAUUGCAAAAAUGGUGCGAAAAUUUGCACAAACCAGUACCAGAUGGUAUUAAAUUAUUUAAUGAUGCCAUUUGCGAAGUUCAUUUUGAAGCACGUUGUUUACGCGGUAAGCGGUUAGAAAAAUGGUCGAUACCCACACUUAAAUUGGGACAUAAUGAUGUUGUUACUCAUCAACUACCCUCAGACGUGGAAAUAGCUGAACAAUGGCCAAAAAUAUCCGUUCCUAAUGUGAAUGUUGAAGAAGGCGAAUGCUGUGUGGAAACAUGUAAACGGAAUCCAGCAGUUGACGAUAUUAAAUUGUAUCGCACACCUGAUCAGGAUGAAGUGAUACAAAAAUGGUCACACAAUUUGCAGAUCGAUUUAUCCGAGUUGCGUAAUAUGCUAAUUUGCAAUCUUCACUUCGAAUCCAUUUGCAUAGGCAAACGACGCUUAUUUCCUUGGGCUAUACCUACAUUAAAUUUUACACGAAAAGUUGAGCAAAUAUACGAAAAUCCAGUUGAUCGUAUGGAAUUCUUACAUAAACAUAAGGCGAUCAAAGUAGUCAAAGCAAAAAAAGCCACACCUUGGACACCACGUUGUUGCUUAUCGCAUUGCCGUAAGAUGCGUGCAACUGACAAUGUACAAUUGUACCGUUUUCCACAUCUAAAUCGCAAUAUGUUAGCAAAAUGGUGUCAUAAUUUACAAUUGCCUUUAACGGGUAAUAAUCAUCGUCGCUUAUGCUCAACACAUUUUGAGCCAGAGGUUUUAACUAAAAAAUGUCCCAUGGUCAUGUCCGUACCGACUAUUGAUUUAAAUACACCGCCAGGUUAUAAAAUUUAUCAAAAUCCAGCUCGUCUUAAAUAUGCUAAAAUGCGCCUACAAGUUGUAUGUAUUAUACCUACUUGCCGUCAAACCAGAGAGGAUGGCGUACAACUAUUUCGUUUUCCUCAUAGUCGUCGUGCAUUGUUGCGCAAAUGGUGUCAUAAUACGCGUCAAAAAGCUUCUGAUGCUGUUAAAGGCCACUAUCGUGUGUGCUCGAAACAUUUCGAAUCUCAUUCAUUCGGUUCGAAAAGACUUUGUCCUGGUGCUAUACCUACAUUACAUUUAGGUCAUGACGAUACAGAUAUUUUUGGCAAUGAAGCAGAAGCUACACAAAUAAUUACCACCGAAGAGCGACCCAAUGAGAUUGUUUUAAAAUGCUGCGUACCAACUUGUGGAAAGAGUCGCAAAUACGAUGAAGUUCAAUUGAACAGUUUUCCCAAAAAUAUACGUUCAUUUAAGCAAUGGAAAUAUAAUUUAAAGCUAGAUUAUCUAGACUUCAAGGAAAGAGCGAAAUACAAAAUUUGUAACGAUCAUUUCGAAGAUAUUUGCUUAGGAAAGUUACGAUUACGUAUUGGUGCAUUGCCCACUAAAAAUCUUGGCCAUAAUAAUUUAGAUGAUAUCUUCCAAGUAAAUCCGAAAGAACUUCAAUAUAAUCAGUUUUCUAAACCAUUGCUAGAUAGAUACGAUGAAUUGGACGCAACUGAAACAGAUGCAAAUGAAUUGGAUGCCAAUGAAUUGGAUACAAAUGAAUUGGAUGCAAAUGAAUUGGAUACAAAUGAAAUAGAUACAAAUGAAAUAGAUACAAAUGAAUUGGAUAGAAGUGAAACGGAUACAAAUGAAUUGGAUGGAACUGAAUUGGAUACAAAUGAAUCGGAUAGAACUGAAUUGGAUACAAAUGAAUCGGAUAAAAGUGAAUUAAAUAGAACUGAAUUAAAUACAACUGAAUUGGAUAGAAUUGAAUCUACGGCUGUAAUUGAUGAUGAUAGUAAUAUUGCUAUAAGUGAGCUUGCUAAUAUGUAUGCCAAUGAAGAACCCACUGAAGAAUUAAUAGUUCCCGAUAAUACUAUUCUCAGUGAACAGCUGGAAAAGUGUGCUUAUCCUGCAUGUAAAGCAUCUAAGACAUUGCUAAAGGAGACAUUUUCUUUACCUAAAAAUGAGCAACUGCUCAAUAUGUGGUGUACACAUAUGCAUAUCGAUCAAGAUACUCUAAAUACAGAUCAAUUGUGCGGCUUGCACUACAUAGAACUUUAUCAGUCUACAAUAGCUGCCAUGAAUGAAUUGCAUUCUGAUGAAUCAAACCUUAAAUUUGAAUUACAAGUACUAGCACAUUAUUACAAUCGUUGCAGUAACUCUUUAAUUGUUUGCAGUGCACAAUGCAGCGUUUCAGGGUGUAGUAUAAACCAACUAAAUCACGCAGAAAAACUCUUCCAAUUUCCAUACAGCCGUGAACUGAUUAAAAAAUGGGUUUUCAACACAGGCAUUGAGAUUGAUGAAAAUCGUCGUUACUUACAUAAAGUAUGUUCACAGCAUUUUGAACCUUAUUGCUUAACUGAGACUCAUCGUUUGCGACCGUGGGCUAUACCAACUUUAAAUUUACAACAUCCAGAACCUGAUAAAAUGUAUAAAAAUCCAGAUUUAAUUGCUAUUGAACGUCGUUUACUGGGUCCAGUUGCUCUGAAAUGCUGUGUUAGCAGUUGCCAACUCGAGCGCAAUGACGAUGGUUUGCUAAAGUUCUUCAAUUUUCCACAUGAUGGUGAAUUAUUGCAAAUUUGGGUGGAAAAUUUAAAACUGGAGAAAGAAAAGUCACCAUUAUAUAAGAUUUGUGAACAACAUUUUGAGAAGCAUUGCUUUGGAAAUGCACGUUUGCGUGCCUGGGCUAUACCUACCAUAAAUUUAGGACAUGACGAUCCGAAUAUACAUCAGAAUCCAGUUACCAAUACCAACACGGAAAAUGAAGCCACAGAUAUGGCACAUGCUAAGAUGAAAAAUUCAUUAGAUAUGGUCAAGUGUUGUGUGGUCACUUGUCAAAAAUGCCGAUUAAAACAUGGCGUGCAAUUGUUUGGUUUUCCUAAUAGUAUCAUAAUGCAAAAAAAGUGGGCACAUAAUCUUUGCAUGCCACACAGUGCAGUUAACAAACAAGUUCGUAUAUGUAGCUUGCAUUUCCAUCGAAGAUGUAUUGAUGAGAAGCAUCUACGUUCAUGGGCAGUGCCCACCUUGCAUUUGGGUCAUGGUAACAGUAUAUUUGAAAAUCCUAAAAAUAUACCUGGUUUCUUUUUGCCACUUUGCCGUCUCAGUCAUUGCGGUAAUCGUCGUACUUUAGAUAAUAAUUUGCGCACUUUUGCAUUUCCUAAAAACCCAGAAAUGUUGCAGAAAUGGUCUAUAAAUUUGAAGCUAACUAUAAGUGAUUGUAGAGGUCGUUUAUGCGCUGAACACUUUGAAGCAGAAGUAAUGGGAAACCGUAAAUUAAGAAAUGGCGCUGUGCCAACACUUAAUCUGGGUCACGAUGAUGAACUUGCGUAUACAAAUUAUGCAUUAAUACAAAGUAUUAAACAAAAUGGUGCUAAUUUGAUGGAUUCUCUAGAUUUUGAUGUAAGCGAAGUAAUGCAAUUUUCUACCACUCAAGCUGAUACUAGCGGAGAAGUCGACACCACUGGAUCUGAAUUACAUAACACCGAUGCUGAAAGUACACAUUACAGAGCAACAAUGGAUACUUAUAGUGACGAUUAUGGCGCUUACGACGAUGAACAUCAUUAUACAAGUAAUGAUGAACAAAACAUCUCUACUACAAUGCCUAAAAAUGAUAAUUUUACUGAUGGGAGCUAUGAAAAUUACGGAACUAAAACUGUACACGCACAGAACUCCACAAAUGGAUUGAAUACAAGUGGUAAUAAUAUAUUUGCGAACCCGAAUAAUACUUCUUCUAGUAAUGCUGCCAGUGAAAAUAAUGAUAAUCUGCGUUCAAAGUUUAGCAGACGUUCUGUUAAUAAUAUAUCACCCAUUUGUUGUUUAUUGCAUUGUGGCAAACAGAAAACUCCUGAGCAACAUCUAACAACUUUCGGUUUUCCUAAAGACAAGAAUUUAUUGUUAAAAUGGUGCGAAAAUCUAAAAUUAGAUCCUGAGAACUGCAUUGGACGAGUUUGUAUUGAUCAUUUUGAGUUACGCAUGAUAGGAAAACGUAAAUUAAAAGCUGGUGCAGUGCCUACAUUAAAUUUAGGCCACAAUGAUCCUAUAAAACACACAAACUUCGGCAGUAAUGAACAACAUAAUAUAGCAGUAAAUCGUGCAAUCGCUUUAUCAGUGCCCGCGUCGCUAACACAAAGCAUGGAAGACGAUGUGGAUAAUUCAGAUCCGUCAUUUUCCUUGCAAUGUUGUCUCAAGCAUUGUAAGCGCAAGAAAACAAACGAAACUUUAUUAUAUCACUUUCCUAACGAUGAAGUUUGUAAAAAAAAAUGGUACCACAACUUACAGAUGGGAGCACAUGAGUAUAAGAGUGAUAUGCGUGUUUGUGGUAAGCAUUUUGUACCGUGCUUGAAAAUGGGUCCGGUACUAAAAGAUGGAACAGUACCAACAAUUGACUUGGGUCACACAAGUAAACGCAUUUAUAAAAAUUAUAGAGCUGGAAUAAACAAUACAGUACAAACCGGCAACGUUUGUUGUAUGCCCCAUUGUGAAAACGCUUAUAAGGUGUCAAGCGUUAAUUUGUUUCCAUUUCCAAAUCCAAGAAUGCUGCAGGCUCGCAAAUGGUGCCAAAAUACACGAUUACCAAUGAAUUAUAUACAGCGCCACAUUUGUGCUAAUCAUUUUGAUAACAAUGCUAUAGUUGACGGUAAACUACAUCCAAGUGCAUUGCCUACACUCAAUUUAAAUCAUAAUAAUCCAAUAUUUCCGUCUCCUAUCCCAGUUGAAGAAAAUACAAAACAUACGACAGAAGUUAAAACGAAAGAAGUUAAUAAUACUAAAAAAUUAUUACGUGCUGAUGGUAAAGGUAGUAAAUUUUGCUGUGUGGAAGCAUGUAUAAGCAGAUUGGAAAAUAAAAAUAAUGUAAUAUAUUAUAAAUUUCCGACUAAUGAAAAACUUUUAAGAAAGUGGUGCCAUAAUUUAGAAAUGAAAACUUUUAAGCCAAACAUCAAAAAGUUAUUAAUAUGUGAACUUCACUUUAAACCAUAUUGUCUUGGCAAACGCUUAAGAUCGUGGGCAGUGCCAACUGUUUAUUUAAAUCGUUCAAAAGAGGGCACUUCCAUAUAUCACAAUCCAAGAAGUGAAGUACUGUUCCACACAUGCUGCAUUAAAACAUGUGGACAAGUACGCGAUAAGGAGGCUGGUAUCAGACUUUUCACAUUUCCCACACGUGAUAAACUCUUCCAAAAAUGGGUGCACAAUGUACAUAAAGAUGAAGCCACUUGUCGUAUUGCACGCAUUUGUAACUUGCACUUCGAAAGUAAAUGCAUUGGUAAAACUCUAGCAAAAUGGGCCAUACCUACUUUGGAUUUGGGGCAUAAUGACGAUCAUAUUUUCAAGAAUACAAAAACUGAUAGUGAUAGCGAAAAAUCUGUGUCAAGCGAAUCUGAUCAACAAAUUAAUGAAUGCUGCAUACCUAGUUGUGAAAGCAAUCCCACCCCUGAGCAGUUAUUCACUUUUCCAAAAACUGCUUGGCUUUAUACAAAAUGGUGUGAGAACAUAAAUUUACCAGAUGAAGAAUUAGGAAACAAAAAAUUAUGUGUCGCACAUUUUGAAGAUUAUGCUAUGGGCAGGAAUAGACCCCAGCCUUGGGCGUUGCCAACACUUAAUCUAGGACACAAUGUUAUAAUGCAUCAAAAUCCAACACAAGUAGCUAGACGCACAAGUGAGGACAGUGAAUCUAGUGAAGAAAAACAUUGUGCUAUUUCCACAUGUAAGAAACCAAAAACUGAAGAUGUGCAGUUCUUUAAGUACCCGAGCAAGGUUAAUUUGAUGCGUAAAUGGGCUGAAAACUGUAAUCACAAUGCAGAUGAAGCAGCACGUAAAGGUUAUCGUAUAUGUAGUAAUCAUUUCGAUCCUAAAUCCAUAAAAGGAAAGCGUUUAUUACGCGGCUCCUUGCCUACAUUAAAUUUGGGACACAAUCGAGAAAAAAUACAUCGUGACAAAUGGUGUGAUAGCCGACUCAAACCGGAACAAUUAAAAAAAUUUAACUGUAAUGCACCGAAUUGUGGACGUAAUAAAAUAAAUGAUCAAGUGAAAUUGUGUAAAUUUCCACGUGACAACGAAAUGCGAAAUAAAUGGUGUACAAAUUUGAAGUUGAAUCCAGAUGCUUGCGAAAAUCUAAAAAUCUGCGAAGUGCACUUUGAGGAACGUUGUAUACAACACGAACGCUUAUUGAAGCUAGCAGUGCCUACAUUACACUUAGGGCAUAAUGAUGAAAAUAUAAUUCCGAAUCCAACAUCUUUUAAAAAACCUGAAGCAAUUAUACGCUGCUGUGUAACGAGUUGUGGUAAUAUUAAAAGCAAUAAUCAAAAUAUUAUGUUCAGUGCGUUUCCCAAAUUGCGCUCAUUAUUUAUAAAAUGGACCAGAAAUUUGCAGUUGCAGCCUACAUCGGAAGUAUGGCAGAACUAUAAAAUAUGCAGUAAACACUUCGAACCGCAGCGUUAUAAGCACAAUCGACUGAUAUUUGGUUCGGUGCCAACAUUGCAUUUAGGACACACAGAUUCACCAGUUUAUAGUCCAGAACAAAUAAUAAAGCGUAAGCAUAGACCUUUUCCAGGUAGAGCCUCGCAUUUACACAAUAGAUUUGAGAAAAAAUGCUGUUUCCCAGAAUGCAAUAACAUGCACUAUUAUAAGUUUGAGGAAAUGUACGAUGUACCUAACGAUUCAGGCUUAUAUGUGAGCUGGUGUCGUACGUUGCGCGUAAACCCACACCAUGUUAGUUCAAAAUUAAAAGUUUGUCCAAUACAUUUUAAGUUUGCAUAUAUGAAAAAUAUUGAAGUUUUGGAAAAGCUAAAAACUAAAUGCAUGCCUGACGACGACGUGGUGAAUGAAAUUGUGAAAAAAUUGAGAAGCAAUAUUGAGGAAGUAAACCAAAACAAAAUCGUGCGAGGUUUCAUAUGUAGUGUGCCGGAAUGUGGCAGUUGUAGCUUAACUAGUGAAGUUAAACUAUAUACUUUUCCACGUCGUGAGUAUUUAAUAAAGCAUUGGUGCCUAAAAACAAAAGUAUCUUAUGAUGCUAAAAUGGCAAAUGCUUUAAAAAUUUGUGAACAGCAUUUCGAGAAUGUACAAAUGCGUACAACAGCAAACAAUUCCAAAAAAUUGAAAUCCUGGGCCAUACCAACACUAAAGUUACCGGAAAAUGAAUAUUCAAAUAAAAGUGUAACCAUACUUCUCGGUGGGUUAACACAUAAACUGGCUAACCAACCGCUCCAUUCUAUUAAAAGACGUUAUUUUACGAAAAAUAAAUUAAAAAUUUUACGGCCGAUAAGAACUAAAGAGAAACAUUCCAAUAAUUCAAAUGAAAGUGAUAAUAACAUUGACACCACUGAACUUAUACAAGAAGCCGAUUCGUUAAUUGAGUAUAGUGCAAAGUUUUGUAAAACGAUUGAAGCUCGAAAUUCGGUUAUCAAAUUACUUACAAAUAAAUUGAAAACUGGUAAUUCGACUGCAACUGUCGGAGAAAAUGAAGGUUUUAAAAUAAGAGUCGUACCAUAUCACAAAUUAUGUCAAAAACUUUACGAAGACGCUCAUGAUGCUCAAAAUGAUCAUGCUGAAAGUGUUAAGUCUGAUGAUCAUGAUAAAUCUGAUGACGACGACAGCACUACCAAUGGAAUGAUUGCUGAAGAUAUUGAUUCAGACAAUUCUGAUAUGCCUUUGGAGUAUUUGAGAAAUAAAACUAGUGCAGCUAUAACCAGAAAAAAGGCUCUAAAAAGAAAUACUUUAACGCGAGAACCUUCAGUGGAACAAAUUGCUUCAAACGAAAUGCUUAUGCCACUUGGUGUUGGAGGGAUUACGCGCACAUCAACUGAUAGUAACGCGCAAAUUGAUGAAAAGCCUUGUAUUAACUUAAUUGAUGAUACUCAAAUGUUAGAUGAUACAGCAAAAAGUACUUCCUCGUCACAAGCAGUACAAAUAAAAUCUGAAUUGGCAGACACAUCAUACAACGAAGAUAGCUACUAUGCAGAUGUGAGUGCAAGUCAAUGUGAAAACACUAUAAAUGAUGACCGGGUCAUAACGCAAACUUCUAACACAAGUUCAACAGAUUUUUAUAACGAAGGCGAAGUCGAACAUUGUUGGGUUGAGGGAUGUACGAGUGUAGAUGGUCAAGAAAAUAUUGCAUUAUUUUCGUUUCCAACUUCAGGUGGGCAAUUUCGUAAAUGGCAAAAUAAUGCAUGCAUAAAAGCUGACUUAAAACUCAAAAAAUUCUUUCGUAUUUGUAAUCUUCACUUCGAACCAAAAUAUAUACAAAAUGGAAGAGAACUACUGUCUGGCAGUGUACCCACACUUAAUUUGAAUGCUCAGAAAAAACAAAUUGAUAGUAACUGUGCAGCUGCCAGCAGUGAAACAAAUAAGACUGCCAAUUUAAUACGUAAUCCAGCAGCAAAUUCGACAAACACAACGUGUUCGAUUCAAACUUGUCGUCGACGUUUGGGUGAGGAUGGUGUUGAACUAUUCAAGUUACCCGAAAAUCCCAUAUUAAGUGCAAAAUGGCUACGCAAUUGUCGUUUAGAUGUUCAUGUACGUGGUUAUAACGUGAAUAUAUGUAGUUUGCACUUUGAUAGUACAUGUUUUGAUGACAUGCAUCGCCUUAAAUUUGGUUCUCUACCAACUUUAUAUGUGGGACCAAAAAAUUGCAAUAAUGCACCAGCUGCUGCAGCUGAUGGCAUUUUUUGUUGUGUGCCCAGUUGUCGUCUAAGCUAUAAUAACUCUCGAAAUCUACGCUUAUUUAAAUUUCCUCAAAAUGAAAGGUCGCUCAGAGAAUGGCUGCAAGUUUUACCAUUCGAUUAUGAUCCGAAGCGAGCAGCUAUUUAUUUCGUAUGCGAACAGCAUUUUGACAUGUAUUCCUUUGAUGCUAACAAAGAUCUAAUAGAAACAGCAGUGCCAACUUUAAACUUAGAUGCCAGACACGACCUGGUACCUGACUUAAAGAUUGAAAUUGAGGAUACACAAAUCAGUGACUACAGUGCACCUUCCCAUGUCAAUAUUUUAAACAGCACAGAUGAUAUAAUAACUUAUAAUGAAAUAAAAUCGGGCUACCAAAAGUGCAGCCUGGUACAUUGUCAAAAGCAAACAUCAACAAGUGGCGUAAAAACUUUUAAGUUUCCUUCAUCCCUACAAUUUCAAGAAAAGUGGUCACAUAAUUUGCGCAUAAAAUUUGAUCCGAAAAAUCCCUGGAGAUAUUUAAUAUGCAGUGAUCAUUUUGAGGAACGUUGCUUUAUACAGCGUAAGAAGAGUACGCAUUUAAGAAAGGGCGCAGUACCCACAUUAAACUUGGGUGCGAAUAUUCCGCUAAUGCUCUUCAACAAUGAUGCACUAAAAUACGAUAAUCGUAAUGAUAUUGCAGAUCUAGAUGAUUACCCAUAUGAUUUUAAUAUAAAUAAUUCAAACAUCAUUAAUGAAUCUAAAAUUUCAUCGAAUAUGGUUAUAAACACAGCACAUGACGAUGAUUUAAAUAAUUCUGUAUUUGACCCACAAAUGUUACUCAUGAGACAAUUUAGUGAAGAUUAUGACGAUAACUAUGAAAACUCCUACUAUGAUGACAGAAGAAGUGAGACGGAUAGUUCUAGUAAUGAUUUGCUAAUACCUACAUCUUCAACACCUAUUAGCAUGCAAGGACAUUCAAUAUACAAGACGAAACGAUGUUAUUUAUCGCAUUGCAUGCAGGAGCGUACAGGCACGAUAAAAUUAUUUCGAAUGCCACAAAAUCAAUUUGUUGCUCAGCAAUGGGAGCAUAACCUCAAAAUACAAUUUUCGGAAGCAAAUCGUAAUACAACCCUAAUUUGUAGUAAACAUUUUGAACCGUAUUUGAUAGGCGUUAAACGUUUAAGGAGCGGUUCAGUACCAACAUUAAAUUUAGGACACUCAGAUCCCAACAUACACCAAAACGUCCCAUCAGAUAUGCCUUUUUAAUUUAUUCAAAAUCAUAAUAUAAAAGAGUCUUUAGAUCAGUGGUUCCCAACCGGUGGUCCGCGAGAUUCUUAAAAAUUGUACGUGAAAUAAAAUUAAAAGCUGGAUUAAACAAGCACUUUUAUUGGAACUGUAAACAAUAUACAGCUGGCUGGCGAAAAAGAAAUUUAAAACUAAUUAGAUGUAAGAUUUAGUAACACUACUAAAUAUAUAGCAUAUAGUAUAUAAUAUGUGUUUUUGAUGUUAUUUUAAAAUAGUGAACCAUAUA